GUUGAACUGUAUUAGUUCAAAUGUCUAGAAGAGUUGUCAUUACAGGUUUAGGGUUGGUCACGCCAUUGGGUGUUGGAGUACCUGUGACUUGGAGAAAUUUAAUUGCAGGAAAGAGUGGUAUCAUAUCGACAACUUCUUUACCUAAUUAUGAAAAAGAUGGUUGGGAUAAGAUACCUUCGAAAGUUAUAGGAAAAGUGCCUCAUGGCUCAUUGACAGAAGGGAAAUGGGAUCCUGAAGAUCAUUUUGAAAGGGGUGAAGCACGAAGAUUAGCUUUAUUUGCUCAAUAUGGUUUAGCUGCUACUAAAGAAGCACUUGAAGAUUCUAAAUUAAUCAAUGAUACUGAUACUCCUAAGGAUAGAAUUGGAGUAGCAGUUGGAAGUGGGAUAGGAUCAUUUCAUGAUUUAUAUGAGAAUGCUAUAGGAUUUAAUGAAUCUGGAUAUAGGAAAGUUCAGCCAUUAUUUGUACCAAAGUUACUUACAAAUAUGGCUGCUGGUAAUAUAUCAAUUAAAUAUGGAUUUCAAGGUCCUCUCCAUUCUGUAUCAACUGCUUGUGCUACAGGAUUACAUGCUAUAGGUGAUGCUUAUAAUUUUAUUAAGAACGACUAUGCCGAUGUCAUGAUUUGUGGAGGUACGGAAUCAUCUAUUCAUCCAUUGGCUUUAUCUGGAUUUGCUCGUGCCAGAUCUGUAACUACUGAAUUUAAUGAUACCCCUGAAAAAGCAAGUCGUCCAUUCGAUGCUAAUAGGAAUGGAUUUGUUUUGGGUGAAGGUUCUGGUAUAGUUGUUAUAGAAAGUUUAGAGCAUGCUUUAAAAAGAGGUGUGAAUCCAGACAAUAUAUAUGCAGAAAUUAAAGGUUAUGGACUUUCAGGUGAUGCACAUCAUAUAACUGCGCCUUUAGAAAAUGGAGAUGGGGCAUAUCGGUCAAUGAAGAUAGCUGUUGAAAGAAGUGGAAUUAAUGUUAAUGAUAUUGAUUAUAUUAAUGCACAUGCUACUUCAACAGUCAUUGGAGAUAGGGCUGAAAACAAUGCUAUGGUUCGAUUAUUUGGUGAUAACACUAACAAUGUUGCUGUAUCUUCUAACAAAUCAUCUAUUGGACACUUAUUAGGUGCUGCAGGAGCUGUUGAAUCAAUAUUUACCAUUAAAGCUAUUAAAGAUUCCAUUGUACCACCUACCCUUAAUCUUGAUCAAAUUGGUCAACAUAAAGAAGACUCACAAUCUUUGUUUAAAUUCGAUUACGUACCUAAUGUCGCCAAAUCCAAAGAUAUCAAUUAUGCCAUUUGCAAUUCAUUUGGAUUUGGUGGAGUCAACGCCACGGUAUGUUUCAAGAAAUUCUCUUGAAAAUCACUAAUAGUAAGCAUCAACUACGUGUACUACAUGUAACUACUUUGUAUAUGUAAUCAUGGCCUAACGACAAUAUACGACUGAUUUACUGAUCACAUCCCAGUAGCUGCAGUAGUAGGCUCGGCAUAUGAAUGUGUGGGCUAAACUUAGGCAACAAUCAAUUGCUAUAGUCACUAGUAAAAAGUAUGAGCCGAAGAGCAAAUGAAAUGAUUCGCAACUGUGGUUCAAACCUAAAUUGUAUUUUCUCACUCGUUUGGUGAUAAUGCAAAAUUUCUAUUUUGUUGCAAUAUUUUUCUCUACCCUUUUUCUGAGGUGCAUGUCUUGGACAGUGUGGAUUUUAGUUAUUAAAUUUUCCCGGCUUCGGUUCGGGAAUUAUAUGGUAGUAAAUAAGAAAACUAUUACAAGGUCGUAUACCUAUUUAGUCUUAUUUUGUUAUAUGUAGUCCUCUUUACUUUGUACUUCUAAUUUCGUAAUACUUUG